AACACUAACAGUGCAAUGAAGAACCCUCUGAUUGAAGCCACUGAUACUUAUCAAGAGACCCUGACGGGGGCGUGGAAAGCAGUGAAACCAGUUCUGCUGAUGGUGACAGUGCAGAUUGCUUUUGCCUGGGCCAGUGUUUUCUACAAACUCGCUCUUAACGAUAACAUGAAGUUCAGUUCUCUUAUC